AUGGCGUUGGCCAGAUCCUCUUGCUCAAUGGUGACAACGGCUACAUCUCCCGACAGAUGGACUAAACUCUUCCACCAGAUUGCUGAGCUGAACAGCAAAUCUAAGAGUCACGGCGGCUCUGAGGUGGAGUUCAAGUUGUUCUUUCUCGGAAGACACGGAGAAGGGUUUCACAACGUCGCUGAGGCGAAAUACGGUACACCUGCAUGGGACGCGCAUUGGUCUAAACUCGACGGCGACGGAGAGAUUGUAUGGGGGCCCGACGCCGAACUGACCCCCCUAGGCAUUUCUCAAGCCCAAACCGCACACAACGCCUUCGCGACUGAAUUCGCGAGCGGACUCAGGAUCCCCGACGCGACGUAUGUCAGUCCCUUGUCAAGGGCACUGAGGACGUUCGAAAUUACGUUUGAUGGUCUGUCGGGCAGAAGGGGAAGGGCAGAAUCCAGAAAGCGACCAGAACAAUACGGAGUACACACCUGCGACCUCCGGCGUUCAAGAACGUUUAUCUUCUCUACGUUCUCCCACAUAACUGCGUUACCUCCAAAGCUGGACACGCACUCUCCAUUCCCUUUGACGGAGAACGAUGAACUAUGGACACCCGACGAGAGGGAGACCAACGACCACGUCGCUGCUAGAGUCAAGACGGUAUUGGAUGUAGUGUUCGAGAAGGAGAGGGGGGACUUCAUAUCGAUUACGGCGCAUAGCGGGAUGAUCAAUGGGUUUUUGGCGAGUAUUGGAAGACCUUCCUUCUCGCUUGGGACAGGCGGUGUCCUGCCCGUCGUGGUGAAGGGCACACGAGCACAUACAUGUUCGCGAGAUACGCUCUAA